UCCGCGUGCCACAGUAGCGGAAAAAGCGACCAGCCAUUCAUGCUCGCGCGAACGUCUCUGUCAGGUUACUAUGCUACCGUCCUGUCGUGUCUCGAGCCGAUGCUACCUGAGGGCGUCCUUUCUUCCCGGAGAACAGCAUUUACAGGCUGUGUUCGCAGCGAACAAGUUACACCGGAGUGCUCGCAUUAUGAUUGUACUGAAGUUUGAAAGUAAUGCCCGAGGAUGCUAAGUCGCCUGGCAAGCCCUCGUUGUGCGAAGGAGCGCGCAUCCUUUGUGCGUUCAUUCAUCAGCUGCUGCCCUGCUGCUUUGUUUUAAAGACAGGCGGUGGUCAGCCGCGUGGAGCUCAGCUGGAGGGUGAGCUGGUUAAAAUGAGCCUGCAUGGAGCCAGCGGAGGACCCCUGGACCACCUCAGGGAGACGCGGCGUUCUGGAGAUCGCUCCAGGGAUUCUUCACACGAGAGGGGUGAAGGACAGCUGACCCCCUGCAUCAGGAACGUCACCUCACCCAUUCGCCAGCACCUCACUGACCGUGAACGGGAUUCUGGCUGCUCAUCGCGCUCCACAAGUCCCAGGCCUCAGAAAUCAUGCACCUCCAUCCUGUUCUAUGGCGACUCCCACAGUAAAACCCACAGCUCUGACAUGAUCUACAUGUGUGAAAACGUCAAGGAGGGACCCCGCAGUUUGAGGACUGCAGAGAGAGUUACUCUGAUUGUAGAUAACACGCGUUUUGUUGUCGACCCAUCCAUCUUUACUGCCCAACCCAACACUAUGCUCGGCAGGAUGUUCGGAUCUGGACGGGAACACAACUUCACACGUCCUAAUGAAAAGGGAGAGUAUGAGGUUGCUGAGGGAAUCAGCUCCACCAUGUUCAGAGCCAUUUUGGAUUACUACAAAUCAGGGAUAAUCCGUUGCCCUGAUGGGAUAUCCAUCCCGGAGCUGAGAGAGGCAUGCGACUACCUUUGCAUCGCCUUCGACUACAGCACCAUCAAGUGCAGAGACCUCAGUGCGCUCAUGCAUGAGCUGUCUAAUGAUGGCGCCCGCCGGCAGUUUGAGUUCUAUCUGGAAGAGAUGGUGCUGCCCCUGAUGGUGGCCAGCGCUCAGAGCGGGGAGAGGGAGUGUCACGUGGUGGUGCUGACGGAUGACGACGUGGUCGACUGGGAUGAAGAAUAUCCGCCGCAAAUGGGAGAGGAAUACUCACAGAUUAUAUACAGCACCAAACUAUACCGAUUCUUCAAAUACAUUGAAAACCGAGAUGUUGCCAAGUCUGUGCUGAAGGACAGAGGACUGAAGAAAAUUCGAUUAGGCAUCGAAGGUAUGAAACUGCAGACAAAAAAGAUUUCACUCGGCUGCUUCACCCAAAAAUGAAAAUAAUUUUUUUUU